AUGGCCCAUGUCUUAUGGUGGCUUAACAUCUUAUUUCCAGACGUGCGUAGGCCUCAGUCCGAGGCCCGUUUUGAGUUGGUAAGGUGGAAGCUGCCGAGGUUGGGAUGGGCCAAGCUAAAUCUUGAGGGAUCGACCUGCGGGAACCUGGGGGUGUUAGGUGGAGGAGGGUUAUGUAGAAACUUGGAGGGGAACAUUCUUUUUGUGUUUGCUAUGGGUUUUGGAGAAGGGUCGAGCAAUAGAGCAGAAUUGCGGGCUGUAUGGUUCGGCCCAUCCCUUUGUCUGGCCCAGGGCCUUUCAAGGAUUGAGGUGGAAUCUGAUUCAAAGGUUGUCACUAACCUCAUUGGAAGUCAUUCCCAGCAUAAUUGGUCCAGGAGGCACUGGCUUAAGAGAAUUGAGGACCACAUGACCCGAGGCUCCUUCUCCCUACGUCGUAUCCCGAGGGAAGAAAACAUUCCCGCAGACUCCUUGGCCCAUCUGGGCAGUGCCUCCCAAAUGUACUCCUUCUAUUAG